AUGACACAACCUCCCCCAAGCCGGCUGGUCCCCGUGGGGGAAAAAGACCAUAACCCUCCAACAAUCAUAGAAAAAUCAACCAGGAAAACCAAACAACCCCAGCAGACUCUCAAAAUUGGAACAUUAAAUGUAAGAUCUUUAGCAAGAACAGAAAAGUUUAUAGAACUGACAUACCUAUUACAAAAAAUCAAAAUAGAUGUACUCGGCUUGGCAGAAGUCAGGAAGAUGGGUUGCGCAAUCGAAGAACAUGAGAAAUACAUUUUUUGUUACAAAGGUGAAACACUUGGCCAAUAUGGAGUUGGGUUCUUAAUAAAAAAAGAACAUGAAAAUAAAAUUUCAAGUUUCACAGCGCUUUCAGAUCGGGUUGCGCUACUUAAACUAAAAUACGACAACCAACUGCUUACAAUAAUACAAGUAUACGCACCAACUCACAAUGCUGCAGAUGAAGAAAUCAACUAA